GCUAUACGGGCGGAGGUUGGCUUAGAGCAGACCCUCCGAUCCCCCCAGUGUCUUCUAAUUAACCUAUCCUAGGCUCUGAAUUGGCUAGGUAGAAACGAAGAGAAGAAUUGAAGCUUGGGUAGAGGUUGCACGAGCGCCACAUAUUGUACGUUGAGCUUGAUCGAGCAUUAGAAACAUGGCGACCUCGCCGCCGCCACGGUGGGCACCGACGCCCAGCCCGUCGCGGCCGCUGUGGGGUCCUUCGUCGCCCGCCGCCGGCAGCGACAGCCGCUUGCUGCCCCCGUUCCGUGCCAUGCCCCCUACGGCUACGGGGGAGGCACAGCCGCCGGCACCACCGGCCGGGGAUGGUGGUGGCCGCAGUGGAACUCAUGCUGGGUUUGAUGGCAUUAUUGCUCAUCAUCCCGAGGACGACGACGACCAGCGGGAGGACAUCCGUCGCGGCGGCGGCGGCGGCGUGUUCAUAACGUGGGAGGACGUGUGGGUGACGGCGGUGGACGGUAGGGGGAAGACCGCCACCAUCCUGCACGGCGUCAGCGGCAGCGCGCGCCCCGGCGAGGUGCUUGCCAUCAUGGGCCCCUCUGGUUGCGGCAAGACUACACUGCUCGACACCUUGGCCGGGAGACUAGACACGAACCUGAGGAGUAAAGGAGAUAUUCUCAUCAACGGCCGGCGACAGAAACUCGCCUUCGGAACCUCGGCGUACGUGACGCAAGAGAACGUGCUGAUGGCCACCCUCACGGUGCGCGAGGCUAUCUACUACUCGGCGCAGAUCCAGCUGCCGGACACCAUGCCGGUCGCCGAGAAGCUCGCCCGCGCCGGCGACACGAUCCAGGAGAUGGGGCUCACCAGCGCACUGGACACGCGCAUCGGCGGGCGCCAGACCAAGGGCAUCAGCGGCGGGCAGAGGAAGCGCCUCAGCAUCUGCCUCGAGAUCCUCACGCGCCCGUGGCUGCUCUUCCUGGACGAGCCCACCAGCGGGCUCGACAGCGCCGCCUCGUACCACGUGAUGAGCCGCAUCACCGGCCUCGCCGCCAGGGAGGGGAUGACCAUCGUCGCCGUGGUGCACCAGCCGUGCAGCGAGGUGUUCGAGCUCUUCCAUGGCCUCUGCUUGCUCGCCUCCGGCCAGACCAUCUACUUUGGCCCGGCAGCCAACGCCACUGAGUUCUUCACAUCAAACGGCUACCCUUGCCCACCAAUGACAAAUCCUUCAGAUUAUUUCUUGAGGACAAUCAACAGAGACUUUGAAUUGGAAAAUGAAGAAACAAGAACAGUAUCCAAGCCAUCUGCAGCAGAUGAAGCAAUAGAAACUUUGGUAAGUGCCUACAAAUCCUCCAAUACUUCAGAAAAUGCCAAAAAGGAAAUGCAUGACAUAAAUGAAAUGGGCGGAGUGAUGCUCAGAAGAAAGCAAGCCACUUUCCUUACCAAGGUGCUUGUACUCACUAGAAGAUCGUUUGUGAACAUGUACCGAGACGUUGGAUACUACUGGUUGCGACUUGGAAUCUAUAUUUCCAUUAGUUUAUGCCUUGGUACCAUAUACUACAAUUUUGGCUAUGGAUACGAUUCUAUUCGUUCUAGAUCAUCAAUGCUAAUGUUCACCGGUGGCCUUCUAACCUGGAUGGCAAUCGGAGGAUUCCCUUCUUUUGUGGAGGAAAUGAAGAUAUUCAGGAGAGAGAGGCUAAAUGGACACUACGGUGUUUCAGCAUUUGUGAUCUCCAAUUGGUUGUCAGCCACACCAUAUCUCGUACUCAUCGCUGUAUUACCUGGCGCAAUAGCUUACUAUCUGUCUGGUCUAAAGAGACGAGUAGACCAUUUCAUGUACUUUACGCUUGUGCUUUGUUCAUGCACAAUGCUUGUUGAAGGCCUUAUGAUGAUCGUAGCUGCUAUCGUGCCAGAUUUUCUUAUGGGCAUCAUCACUGGUGCGGGAAUACAAGGUAUCAUGUUGCUCAACUGUGGAUUCUUCCAACUACCUAGUAAACUGCCAAAUAUAGUAUGGAAAUACCCAAUGUUCUACAUUUCUUUCCACAAGUAUGCACUCCAAGGAUUUUACAAGAAUGAGUUCUUGGGUUUGGUGCUCGAAAAUAACCCAGGAGUUGGAGAUAAAACAAUAACUGGUGAGCAAGUUAUCAGUGUAUUAUUUGAAACAGAAAUGGGGCACUCAAAAUGGGUGGACUUUGCAGUGUUAUGUGGAAUGAUUGUAGCAUAUAGGCUGCUCUUUGUAAUGAUUAUUAAGGUUGUCGAUAUCCUAAAGCCCAUGUUUAAGGGUGAAACAUUUAGGUGCCACUCUCAAUGCAAGUGAUGUAUUAUAUGAUAAAGGAUGCUACCAAUAAAUAAAAGGUACAUAGUAUAAUUAACUCGGAUAUA